AUGUCCGAAAACAUUCGGUUCCUAUGGGUGACCUACUCAUGGGUCUCUGCUCAAGUCUACUGUCUGAUCUCGCGACUUUCCUCGCAUAGGGGGCCCGGUCUUCAUCUUUCGGGCGCACAAUCUUUUGCGGAUGGCAUUGCUCCCACAAUUAGUGGCCAGCUCAAUUAUAAUAAUCCCGAAGCUAUUUUGAAUGUUGUCUCUGACACACUACCUGCCACUGUAUCCAAAUGCCCCCUCCAUCAGCUGCUCGCCGAUACGAUCCUCUGGUACUACACGCUAACCGACUGUCCUCUCAUCUCCUGGUAUUUCACCUUCUCUCUUGACCUCUCUGCAUCCGUCAACCAUCUGGAGGAUUCUGAAGCAACCGCGGCGGCUCAAAUGCUCAAAGCUGGAACAUAUUCACCCGACUUUCCACUUCCAAGCCGCCCAUUCACCCGCCUCAGUAUUCGCCUAGUCAGUCAAGGCCUCCCUACAGAAGACGAUCUUCAACAACACUACGUCAAGCCUCACAUGUGCGUUCCUAUCGCGCCCAACACGGAGCACCCCACAGGACGUGAAGCCAUGAUACCUUUCAAGCCUUUGCCAUGGCCGAAUCUGCAUUUCCACACAGCAAUGUUUACUCAUCUACGUGCUCCGAGUGAUCCAAAGAACUUCUCUGCGGCUAUGGUUGCCAGCCUGCCGGACUUGAGGCGCAUGAGGCGAUGCUGGAACGAUGACGAGGCAGAGCGUCAGGCCCUUUCCCAGGCUGCUUCUCACACUGAGAGAUCGAGCGUGAAAGAUCAUUAUCCUCUUCCCUUUUGUGGCCCCUUUGCCCAUGAGACCCUGGCUCCCGUGGAAGAUGUCGACGAAGAUGAUGAUGGUGUCUAUCCUUCGUUGGAUGAUGGCCUGGGCGAAGGAACUACCUUUGAAAACGAUGCUGACUUCGCCAAAAAUAUGUUCAUGCGUGCCAUUUUAGAUGGAGACGAUCCUGUUCAUGAGAGCAUUCCCAUCAUACGCAAUGUCGAGUAUGAUCUGUCUAAGAUCGAGCACUUUGACGACCCCGGUUGCUGUUCGAGGAGAUUGGAGCCCUCAAAGAGUGCGUCGUCUUUAUCAUUUGGAUAUAUUGUCACACCAAGCUUAUACACCUUCAAUCUCUAA